CAACCAUCAUUUUUGAAAAAAAUUCUCUUCCUCUCUAUCUACGUCAAACAUAAAAUAUAAGGCCACAUCGUCCCAGUGAAGUGUGGGCGCUGGACGGACAAUAAACACGCCUGAGAUUUCUUUGGGUUGCACUUCGACCAGGAUAAAAUUUCAAGGCAGCGUGGUCGUCUCUGACAGGCACUGGCGUCAUCUGCAAUGGGAGAGUGGUUCACGUUGCACUUGUGUAGCUGCUAUUCCGGACCACUGAAGUAGGACUUGAAGAAAGCACCAACGGGUGUUGACCACGAGAUAGAAUUACAGUGACCGCUUCUCCGAUACGGACAGGUCUGCGCCAUCACUCCUCUCACGGAGGAAGGACACAAACCUUCCUCCAUGCUCCUCUCUUCGCCAUGGUGUUGCAACUGCAGCGGGGAAGGCAAGUGUGAAUAUUGGAUUGGAUGCCCAGGCUGAUGGUAAAAGCGACGAUCAGAUUACCUGUCCAUUUGUAAUAACAGUUGUCCCUUUGCCGACUAUUGAUGGCUGGCUGACUGCACACAGUGUUAGGAGUAGGUAGUGAGCGCAGCAGGGCAGGAGUGACUGACAACAGGGGUAAUCAGUCAGGCGACGUAGCCAAGAGGACUGCAGCUUCGUGACUAUAAGGGCACAGCAGCUACAAAAGCAUCCUUACAAGCAAGAUACAACAGGGCCCCACGGCACUGAGGCGAUAGGAUGUCCAAGCGCCAGAGUGCAGAAGUGCAGGAACCCUCUCCGGGGAAGAAGGCUCGGCAGCUGUCAAGCACUGACGACCACAGGGAGAAAAGUGACAGGUUCCCAAGGGAACGUUGUUUCACCCCACCCAGACAAUACCAAAGGGACAACGGGCUCAUGUCUUUGGAUAAUAGAGCUACAGUGCACAGGCCCACCCAGUCACCAUGGAGCACUAAAAGUGUACCGGAAGUCAGCUGUAGCCAGCCGGUCAUCCGCGAGACCACUGAUUCAAUUCUAGCACAACAGCAACAAGAGGACGAACUCCAAGUAGUCAGAGCGAGACAACAGUACUCGCUGCUGUCCUCAACAGAGAUGGCCGUACCCCGGCCUCCGGCUGUUGACUCCCCCAAGAAGGGCAACACAAUGAUUCAAAUGGACUCCAGGAUAGAGACCAAAGUGCCCAGACCUUGCAGUGAGCGGUGCUUGGACGCAGAGAGGAAUCGACAGCCAAGAUGGCCCAAAUCACACAAGCGUAUGGAAAUAGAUCAAAUGUGCCAAGCAAUCACAUUAGGCCACAGUAAAUCGUGUCAUUCAAUAAGCAGAAAAGUUGCAGCAGCGCAGAGCUCCUUUAGAGACAGAGUUAGAACUCCAAGUAUAGACAGAGACACCAGCAUGUCCAAGGACGAGAUCAAGGAGAGACUGGCCAAGCACAUGUCAGACCAGUGGGACAAGAUAGCACAGUUUGCCGAGUCCAUCCCGGGCUUUACCGCCUUCAGCAAAGAAGAUCAGGAGAUACUGCUGCAAGUGGGAGGGCUUGAGGUGAUUCUGUUACAGCUGGCUCAGAUGUACGAUCAUCGGACACACCUAUUACAGAUGUGGGAGAAUGAGUGGUUAUCCUCAGAGCAGGCCUGUAAACUAACAAGCGAUUUCAACCUGACGGUGUUUUUUGAGUUGUUGUUUGGCCUAGCGGAGAGCCUGAGAUCCAUGCAUUUGAGGGAGGACGACUUGGCUCUUUUUUCAGCACUUCUUCUUUUGGCGUCAGAUCACCAGGGUUUAAGGCACAAGCGACAAGUUGAAGAGGUCCAAGAGAAAGUGUUAAACUGCUUUGCCUAUGUCUUGGCACAGAACCACCUGCAGGAACCCGGACUCUUGGCCCAGGUGCUAAUGUGCAUGCCCACACUACGUACCAUUAGCACCAGCUAUCUGGAACUGACGUCUGUCUCCACGCCCACACAACAGUGGAGUAACUGGCCUGUAGAAUUGUGACUAGAUGUCCAAGGCCGAGCGUUGGCAGAUCCCACGGCAGACACUGCCACAGCAGCCACUGUUCCUUGGUCAGCGUCUCCCUCUCGUCCCACUCAAGCAGCUUGUCUACCAUCCGACUCUACCACACCAUGCCAGGACACAAGGACAGACUCAGUGCAUGCUGCCUCUGGUAAUUGCUCAGUACUUCUGGAAUUGGUUUGAACCAAAAAAAAAAAAAUUAAAAAUACAAACAGAGAACGCUGGGAAAGAGCAUUCGAUGAAAGCUGUGUGUAGCAUUGCUUGUCUGGACUGCGGAUGAUUGAACCUAACCAACACCGUCAAAACACACCCACUCACCCACGCACAGGAGACAUAGAAGGCUGUCUGGCUGUUGCAUAGGAUGUCAUUCAGAAAGGUCGGCUUUUUAGGUUGGUUUGAGAUGGCUUUACGCAAUGAGGAAAUACAUCUGUGGUCCAGCUGUCUGUUGUCUGCACGAAUGCAUGCGUGCUGCCUUGGUUUUGGAGCUCCACUCCGAUGCUUCAGCUCAUCAUCUGCUGCAUGGACGGCAUCGGUACCUGGGAGGAAAGGGGGGGGGUGGAGUAGAAUAAGUCUCCAUCUUGCACUCGGUGACAUUGGAAACGUGAAGAGAUAGGAAGGCGGCACUCAAAACAGGGCAGUUGCAGCAAACGGGCAAUAAGGAUUAACCACUGCAGUGUGUCCUCUACACACCAGGUCGGAUACUGGACUUUUCUCGUAAAUUCCAGCAAGUGAAGAGUAUCAUCAGGAGGCUACGCAAGUGUCCGGUCUCAACUAUAUGCAGCAAUACUCAAACAGAGCAUAAAUAUAAUGGGGAAAAAAAAGAGGCUGCAAAUGUAUGCAAACAACUUCUCUGAAGUUGAGUUCAGUCUUAGCAGUUGUUUGUCUGCACAUUCAAUCAGUCAAGCGCUUGUGUCAUACUAUGGAAAUACAACAUACUACAAAUGUGCAAAAAAAAAUACACCAAAAAAGUCAAAAAAAAAAAA